AACUGUAAACAUAGACUGAUUUUUAAAAAACAUUACUAAGUACAAUAUACAAAUUCGUGGAGACGUGGUGAGGUGUAGAGUAGUUUGGGUUAUAUGCUGCUUAUUUGCAUAUAUUUCGGCAUAUAUAUUGCAUAUAUAUAACGAAAUCCAAAUUUUGUUAAAUCGCUAGCGUCUGGGCUGAUGUCUGAGUCUGAAUAAUUUAUACGUUACUAACUGACGACGCCGGUUAGGUAGAUAAAUGCCUGCAACGUAACUAACUAUCGACGCCGGAUAACUAGCGCACCCUCACAUCCAUGGACCAGAAGAUCCCUUAUGAUGAUUACCAGCUGCCGGUGGUGUUCCUGCCCUCCUAUGAGAAUCCACCAGCUUGGAUUCCCCCUCAGGAUCGCAUCCACCACCCAGACUACAACAACGAGCUGACUCAGUUCCUGCCUCGUACUGUGCUGUUGAAGAAGCCCCCGGGGGCGCAGCUGGGCUUUAACAUCCGUGGGGGGAAGGCCUCUCAGCUGGGCAUCUUCAUCUCCAAGGUGGUACCAGAAUCAGACGCCCACAGAGCCGGGCUCCAGGAAGGUGACCAGGUUCUCUCUGUCAAUGAGGUGGACUUUCAGGAUAUUGAGCAUUCCCGGGCGGUGGAGAUUCUCAAGACUGCGCGGGAAAUCCAGAUGAAGGUGCGAUUCUUCCCUUACAACUACCAGCGGCAGAAGGAGAGAACCGUCCACUAGACAGCCGCUGUGUGAAAGAGUUGCUUGGCCACACUGGAGUGGGGGCGGCCAUGUUUUCUGUCACACGGACACUGUGCACUUGCUAUCACUGUGGCAGUGAGCCACAUCUUCUAACUUGGGGUUAAGGUGCCUGUUUAGUUCAAUAAGUGUUUUUAAAAGAAACACUCUGAUUCAUCUGAAUUCUAUAUGUUGUUACUGCUGCCCUCUGCUGGCACCGAGCUGACCUGCAUCUACCUUAACAGACAUUUAACGAGCAGGAACGGCGAUGUGUAUAGACACAGGAAAGAAUUAGGCAUUACAUUUAUUUAGCAGAUGUUUAUAUCCACAGUGAGGUGAGCAAUGCUUGGGGGUCAUGGAGCCGGGGUCAGCUAGUGUCGCUGCAGCAGCUGGGGUUAAUGGCCUUGCUGUGCUGUUGUGAUGGGCAAAUGAAUUUUCCUGAACCAUUUCCUGCAUUUUCUGACCCCAUUGGAUGGUGCUCUCUGUACAUAAAAGGGCUCGAAGCAUGUCCCAAAGCAAGGGUGCCAUCUAGUGGGGUCAAAAAAUACAGCAAUUGUUUUAAGAAGCUUCAUCUGCCCAACAGUACUGUAAUGUAUCAGGAUGUUAGGCAAAGGUGGACCAGGAAUGUAAGGACCUCCUGUGAAGUGAGAACAUAUAGUCUGAAUCCAGAGAGACAAAAGAGGCUCCUGCAUGUUUGAGGACAGUACUGUGGUUAAGGUUGUGUAGUGUGUUUAGAGAGAGGGUUUGUGCAGAUUCCCGCAGCUGUGUGUAGCACUGCGGCGGCGUUUCCCCCUUUAUUAUUUAAAGAAAGAAAGGUCUGUUUUCCAUUCAGUUAUUGUAACGAUCAAACGAAAGGAAUAACCUGUGAAACCAUGUAACUUUCUCAUAGAGAGUAAGGCACCAGCUGGGAUCUUAAAUAAAGUCUGUUUGUUGCGAUA